AUGGAAGAAGACUGUUGUACAAUUGUAUUUGAUAAUGGAUCAUAUUCUACACGAGCUGGAUUUGCUGGUGAUGAAGCACCUCGGUCUUACUUUCCAACAGUGGUUGGAUAUUCAAAAUUGGAUAACAGGUGUUGUGUGGCGAAUGCUCUUUUUGACUUCAACACAGGACGUGUCGAUCAUAAUUUGUACAAUUUGAUAUACCCAAUACAUGACGGAGUAAUCACCAACUUCGAUGAAAUGGAAAAGAUAUGGGAGACACACUUUAAUGAUUUGUUUGUUAACCCAAAAGAGAAAGGAGUACUUCUUUCAGAGUCUCCAAACAACAACGGAGCUGCAAGAGUAAAGACAUCACAUGUGAUGUUCGAGACUUUUCAAGUUCCAUCACUUUGUUUUGCAUUACAAGAAUUGUUUGGGUUGUGUAUAACAGGAAGAACACGAGGAGUGGUGUUGGACUGUGGGUUGUCGUCUUCUCAUUGUUUAUCUUUUGAUGAUGGAAAGUGCAUUGAAAAGUCACUAACUACUCUUCGUAUUGGAGGUGAGAAAAUUGAUGAGUACCUUUUAACAAUGCUCAAUGAAAACACAAUAACCCAAUUCACGACAAUAGACAAAGAGACUGCAAGAGAUAUCAAAGAAAGAAAGGGGUAUGUUGUUCUCGAUUAUAAUGAAAAAAUACAACAAGUGGAGCACCAGAAAUAUACACUUCCAGACGGAAGAGUAUUGGAUUUAGGAAACGAACUGUUUAAAUGUACCGAAGCAUUUUUCAUGCCUUUUGUUGUGAAUUCAGAAGAAAUUGGUGUACAUGAAGCCGUGUAUAAUUCAGUCCUUAAAUGCGACAAAAAAACACAACAGUACUUAUACGAGAAUGUUGUGUUAUCCGGUGCUGCAAAUCUAUUUGCAGGCUUUGAAAAUCGACUUUCGAAAGAGUUGAAAACAAUUGCACCUCAAAAUCGAAUACGCGUGGACGCAAUGAUGGAAAGAAAGUUUGGAAAUUGGAUGGGGGCUCUGUCUUUGCUUUAUUGA